UGCCGCUCUCUGAUUGGUUAAGAGUGACUAUUGAUUAUUGUAGGACAUUAUAAAACCAUAUAUUAUCAAGGACGUAUAUUAAGCUGCUCGUCAUUUCUGUGGUGAGACAGAAUCAACUAGCAACAUGGCACCUCCAAAGGUAGAUCUGAACAACAAAGAGAAGAAUAUUGACGGUGAAUCAAUUCCUGAAGCAGUUUUCGUUGAUCAGAAAUCAGAAUUGAACAGAGCAACUGUUCAGAGACGAGAAUGUAAGAGACGAAGAAAAUGUAAAGCUGGUUUGAUUUGUUUGGCUGUUGUGGUCGUGGCUUUGAUUGUUGCUUUACCAAUUUUGGUACUUCACAUGAGAAGACAUCACAGAGGAGUAUUUAGUCGUUGGUGUGGAACUAAAGAUUACGACAGAGUACCAGAACAUGUUCGUAUCGAUGACCAAAGGAAAUUGAUCUUUGUAAACGGCACUAAAACCGGAAAAUACGAUGCCUUCAAUGCUGUACAUGAUUACGACCACAAAAUCUCAGCUUUCCGUCACGCCCAAACAAAGAGAUGUUUUAUGGAUCCUCUCCACAAGUCUUUCAAUGAUGGUGUAAGAGAAUGGGACCGUGAAGAUGAUGAUCAUCAUGGACGUAAAGGACACCAUGAUAAACACAGUGGUAAACCCGUCAGAUACUUCAAAGCUUUGGACCCAACUGAGGAAUCCGUUGCUCAAAGUUUCUGGGGUCAGCAUGUUGUAAAUCAUUGCAAAGAUCACAAAUUCCACAUGUUGAAACCCUUGAAAGAAGCCCCAGCCAAGGUUAACACCAGCACCACUAUUAUCAUUAGGAUUGUUAGUGUUGAUGCCGUGAGAAUAAUCUACAUCAACAUCAAAAUGUAGAUCUAAUAGUUCACUUAUUCUGUAAUUCUAUAAGUUAUAUUACUAUAUGUUAAUACUCCGCCCAAUAACUAGAAAUCACUUUUGGAUACAGCUCAAAUUAUAUACAACGAUCCUUGAAAAUUUGUUAAUUGACAUAUUGAAAUAAUCCACAUUAUUAGGAAAAUGGACUCUCCAUAACACCCAAACGUCAAGUGGUAUCCAGUGUUUCCAAAUUCUCAAAUGACCGAUGUAAUCCAUGUAAAUCAUUGAAGGUCCCGAUUUAUCACACCGAAAUGCACUUUAGUAUAUUUUUAUCUAUUUUAUUUUGUAUAAUCUCGAGUUUCUUUUCUGCUUUUAUAUUCAAUCACAAACUGCAUUUCUUUCGACCUUUUGUAUUCUUUAAACUUCUUUUAGAUUUUAUAUUGUAAUAAAAAAAGGAACAGAAAAGUGUUCUUCUGGUAAUCUAAAGAAGAGGUUAUAUUGAUUUUUUACCAAUAAAAAGUCACAAUGACUUAAAGA